AACGUUUAUUAUGUUUUGAAACGUGAAGUGAACGUGAACAGCAGUGAACUCGAAAAUGGCCCGUACCAAGCAAACCGCUCGGAAAUCGACUGGUGGCAAGGCGCCACGCAAACAACUGGCUACUAAGGCCGCUCGCAAGAGCGCCCCAGCCACCGGAGGCGUGAAGAAGCCCCAUCGGUAUCGCCCUGGAACGGUUGCCCUGCGUGAGAUCCGUCGAUACCAGAAGAGUACCGAGCUCCUGAUCCGCAAGCUGCCUUUCCAGCGUCUGGUGCGUGAAAUCGCUCAGGACUUCAAGACUGACCUGCGAUUCCAGAGCUCGGCGGUGAUGGCUCUGCAGGAAGCUAGCGAGGCCUAUCUGGUUGGCCUCUUUGAAGAUACCAACUUGUGCGCCAUUCAUGCCAAGCGUGUCACCAUCAUGCCCAAAGACAUCCAGUUGGCCCGUCGCAUUCGCGGCGAGCGUGCUUAAGUGGCUGCCAAUGCGCUAACAUACUUUGUACAAAUCGGUCCUUUUCAGGACCACAAAUUUCAAUCAAUGAGAUACUAAUUUUUAUCUGCAGGCUUCAACCUUAAAAUAAAGAAAUUAACUUUUCGUCCCGUUCCUUCGUAAGUGAAAUUAUUAAUUGUUUGUAACUUUUAGUGAUUUGAUAAAAUUAAUAAAUAGUCGGAACUCGUCGUUCGAUUAGGA